UGAGCGAGAGAGAAAAAGAGAGAGAGAGAGAGAGAGAGAGAGAGAGAGAGAGAGAGAGAGAGGGAGGGAUAGUCGGCGAUACUUUUCUGCACUUCAGCACACACAGACACACACAUACGGUGUGGGAAGACGACAGACCUGGAGCCUCAGAAAAGCCGCUGUUGUUCACACGCUGUGUUCUUUUACUCCCCCUGGCACGGUGCGCGCUCGCCAAGCCUCACUGUUUGGAGAUAGUCCGCGCGGAAAGUUUUUUGGAGCAUACUGCCUGGAGCCGAUUAAUUGUUGCAUCUGUUUUUUGUAUAUAUAUAUAUAUAUUUUUUUUUUUUACGAGGCGGACGAUUUACUGUUAUGCAUGUGAAGACUUUGUACUCAAGCUGAGGGAUUGUCAAAGUCGCUUUUGCACAGAAUGGAAGGUAAAUUGACAAGUCGUUUGUGGCGAGGAUCACCGUGUGGAUCUUUCCGCAGGUAAAACGCGCUAUGACCUGAGCGAACGAGCGGUUGGAUUUAAUGCUCCUAACAAUAUUUUACAUGCUUUUGGUUUGAUACAGCUUAGGUAUAACCUGGAACAGUCUUCACUUGGAUAGGGACUAUAAAAGUAGGCCGCUUUCAAUUAGAAGAGAAUCGACAAAGUUCAUGCGACGUUUCCGCCAGUUGCACUUUGGGUUGCCGUAGAUGGUUUUUAUUUGUUAAUAGUUGCCGCAAAGUCGCACACUGACUCGUUAAAGGAACUGAUCAUUUCCUCACACACUGUCCUUGGACAUUUUAUACAUCUCGCUGCCUCCUACCAGUCCUCUAAGCUGUUUGGCGCACGGAGCGCAUUCACUGAUAAUUGGGGCGUCCGUGUUCACCAAAAACACCAAAACCUGAAGAACUCUUAGCUUUAGCAUUACGCUUUCUGCGUCCCCAACAAAGCACUUUCCAAGAGAUCCGGAUAAAACGACGAGACCUGUCUUCACUUCAGCGGAAAAGGAAAUCUUAAAUCCACCUGGCCUGCACUGGGAUUAUUGGUUUGAUAUCGUCUGCAGAAAGUGGAUUACAACUUCUAACGGGCUGUGCUCCCUGAUCAGCGGCAGUAUGAAUCUGGGGUUGGGCUGUGUGUGUCGGCCGGUUUGCUGGCCCUUUGGCAGCGUGUUGGACUCCAGACACUGCGUCUUUGCCCUCACACUCCUCACACUCCUCAUGCAGGUGGUGGUGGAGGCCAACUCAUGGUGGUCUCUAGCCAUGAACCCUAUACUGAUCCCGGAGGCCUACAUCAUCGGUGCCCAGCCUCUGUGCAGCCAGCUGGUGGGCCUGUCGCAGGGCCAGAAGAAGCUGUGCCAGCUCUACCAGGACCACAUGCAGUACAUCGGUGAAGGUGCCAAGACAGGCAUCAGAGAGUGCCAGUACCAGUUCAGACAUCGGCGCUGGAACUGCAGCACAGUCGACAACUCCUCUGUUUUUGGACGAGUCAUGCAAAUAGGCAGUCGAGAAACAGCGUUCACUUAUGCCAUCAGCGCAGCAGGGGUGGUGAACGCGGUUAGCCGUGCCUGCAGAGAGGGGGAGCUCUCCAGCUGUGGGUGCAGCCGUGCGGCUCGCCCCAAAGAUCUGCCCCGAGACUGGCUGUGGGGCGGCUGCGGAGACAACCUCAACUACGGCUACAGGUUCUCCAAGGAGUUUGUGGAUGCACGCGAGAGGGAGAAGAGCUACCCCAAAGGCUCGUAUGAGAGCGCACGGCUGUUGAUGAAUCUCCACAAUAACGAGGCUGGAAGGAGGACGGUGUCGGACCUCGCCCACGUGUCUUGCAAGUGCCACGGGGUAUCAGGCUCCUGCAGCCUGAAGACCUGCUGGCUGCAGCUGGCUGAUUUCCGCAAGGUGGGUGAUGCACUGAAGGAAAAGUAUGACAGUGCUGCUGCCAUGAAGCUCAACUCGCGCGGAAAGCUGGUGCAAAUGCACAGCAAGUUCAACGCUCCUACGAGCCAUGACCUGGUGUACAUUGAGUCCAGUCCAGACUACUGCCUGAAGAACCAAAGCACGGGCUCCCUGGGCACAGUGGGGCGCCUUUGCAACAAGACCUCGGAGGGCAUGGAUGGGUGUGAGCUGAUGUGCUGCGGCCGCGGCUAUGACCAGUACAAGGCCCAGAUAGUGGAGCGCUGCCACUGCAAGUUCCACUGGUGCUGCUAUGUCAAGUGCAAGCGCUGCACCAAAAUCGUAGACCAAUUCGUCUGCAAGUGAGAAGACGAGUGUUGCCUGUGUGUGUUUGCUUGCAGACGAUGGGCGUACAUCUGUGUGUAUUCAUGAGCAGAGGAGCAAAGGAGUUGAACACAGUGAGAGAAUGGAAGAAAGAAACUAUAUAAAUUAUAUUUAUAGAGUUAAACAAUUAUGCCAUUGCGAAAAGACUGACUCUUUUUUUCUAAAAAAAAAAAAAAAUCUUAUGUCUUCGGAAACUGAGAGUAUCGUGAAAUAUUUAUUUUGAGAUUGUUAUGUUUUAUUUUGGCCCAGUCAUCACCAGCUGAUUUUAACCCCUUCAAGUGCCUGAUUAUGGCUGGAAAUCUUCCCCCAUCCCACCUGCACCAUUUUUUAAAAUUUCAGAUGGGUCACACUGAUUGCAAAAUUGGACUGUGCUUCCCAUUUCCUAACAAGAGUAGAGGUUUAUAUUUGUGGCAUAAUUGACUAAGCGGUCCUGAUUUUUUUUUUUUUUUUUUUUUUUUUUUUGAGACUGUGUUGAGAGGAGAACGCCUGUGUGCUCUAGUGUAUGGAUGUGUUUUCUUGGGUCCAGUCUCAAACAAGCCUUCACAUCCUUAACGAAGUCUAUUUGUCCCCUCUCAUCGCAUGUAGAGUAACGAACGCUGCUGAUUCGUUCGAGUCCUUGGAGUACAGUGGCUACAAUAAGAGGGCUGUUUUGGGGAUUGGGCCAUUUAUUAAGCUGUCCCAGAAGCCUUAGAGUUCCCCAGGUGCUGCAACAAGCCCUCCACCAUUAUGCACUUUGAUACAGAGGCUUAAACCCGUCUGUACGUGUCUGUUCAGCUGUUUUGUUUUUUUUUUGUUUUUUUACUACAGUGCAUCAGCAAAUAUAUCAAUAUUAUAGCCAUCAUUGUUUUCCAUAUUAAUUCAGAUUAUCCAUUUAACAUUAUUCUACAAUACUUAACAUGGUUUGAAUAUAUAUGGGCAAUGUUGUGGUUACAGUGGUGAAAUAUUCCAUGCUCUGUGUAUAUAGUAUGUCUAUCCAACCAAUCAGUAAACUGUAUUUAUUUUCCUUAGCCAGAUCCUCCUUUAAGCUUAAAACAGAAAAGCAUCUCUGUCAGAGAUCAAUAUUUAGUUGGACAUCCCCAGAUUUUUGAGUCACUUUUUAAAAGUUUCUUCUCACUAAUGCGGCUCUUCACUGUUUUUGUUUUGGUUUUUUUUGUAAAGGGAAAAGCACCUUAUUGUUUUGAAACAUUCUUUUUUUUUUCCUCACUCACGUUCAGCUUUACUGUUACACACGUAUGUCACAGAUGUUCCAAUUUUAUCAAUGCCACAAAUUUCCGAAACCACUCAGUUAACUGCUCACUAUCCCUGUGAUGAUUCUCAAUAGACAAAACUAUUUCUACCAAUCCAAUUAUGUAUAUUUAUAAGCUUCUCCAUGAAUUUGAGGUUUGUUAAACUUAAUGUGUUAUAGCUGAUAUUUUGUUACUUUUUACAAAUUGGCUCAAUGCUCUACUUUGUUUCAAUAAAUAUCAAAUGUAAA